AGCAUGCCGGUGCUGGAUGGGCUUCGACACGGCGAGCCGGUGGACGGCAGCCAUAGUUUCAAAGAACGUCCAAGACAGAAGAUAGUAAUUGUUGGCCUAGGAAUGGUGGCUAUUUCUCUAAUUGAAAAACUGAUCAAACAAGAUACGGAGCGACGAUACGAUAUCCUAGUAAUUGGAGAAGAGGCACAUGUUGCCUACAAUCGUGUUGGCCUAUCUUCAUUUUUCGAGCACCGCAAGAUCGAAGAUCUCUACUUGAAUCCGACGGAAUGGUACGACUCAAUCAAAGAGCGUGCCUUCGACCACCACCUCAACACCACAGUGACAUCAAUAAACCCCACCAACAAGACAGUCCAAACCUCAACCGGCGAUACAGUCACCUACGACAUCCUCGUACUAGCCACCGGCUCCGAUGCAGUCCUCCCCACCCACACCCCAGGCCACGAUGCCAAAGGCGUCUUCGUCUACCGCACGAUCUCCGAUCUGGAGCGGCUGAUUGACUUCGCAUCUCAACAUAAAGGCGAAACAGCCGUGACCGUCGGAGGUGGUCUAUUGGGUCUCGAAGCUGCCAAGGCGAUGACUGAUCUGGAAGACUUUGGAAAUGUAAUGCUGAUUGACCGCAACAAAUGGGUGCUGGCGCGCCAGUUGGAUGGUGAUGCGGGAAGCUUGGUUUCCCGCAAGAUUCAGGAGUUGGGACUUGAUGUGUUGCAUCAGAAGCGAGUGGCGGUUGUUAACACCGAUUCCGAAAACAAUGUUACUGGCAUCACGUUUGAGGACGGUGAACAUAUUGAUUGCUGCUGUAUUUGUUUUGCGAUCGGUGUCAGGCCCAGAGAUGAAUUAGGAGCUUCAGCUGGUAUUCUGUCCGCCUCGCGAGGAGGUUUUGUAAUCAAUGAGAGCCUUGAGACUUCCGUCCCGGGUAUUUAUGCCGUGGGAGAAUGCGCUAGCUGGGAAAAUCAAACCUUUGGAAUCAUCGCGCCCGGUAUUGAAAUGGCCGACGUGCUAGCUUACAACCUCACAAACGUGGACAAAGAGCCCAAGAGCUUCACUCGACCAGAUCUGAGUACAAAACUGAAGCUGCUCGGGGUGGACGUCGCCUCAUUCGGAGAUUUCUUCGCUGACAGAGAUGGGCCAAAGUUCCUCCCGGGUGAUCGACCUCUUAUUGGUAGCACGAUUGAAGAUGGGCCCGUGAAGGCGCUGACCUACAAAGAUCCAUUUGGUGGCGUCUACAAGAAGUAUCUCUUUACCAUGGAUGGUAAAUAUUUGCUUGGUGGUAUGAUGAUCGGAGACACUCGAGAUUACUUGAAGUUGAACCAGAUGGUCAAGGCACAGAAAGAGCUUGAAGUUGCUCCCAGUCAGUUUAUUCUCGGGGCUCAAGCUGAUGGUGAAGAAGACGCAGAUGAUCUCGAUGACAGUACCCAGAUUUGCGCCUGUCACAAUGUGACCAAGGGUGAUGUGGUUGAAAAUAUCAAAAGUGGAACUUGUACGACGAUUGGCGAAGUCAAGUCCUGUACGAAAGCAGGUACAGGAUGUGGUGGAUGCAUGCCGCUGGUCCAAUCAAUCUUCAACAAGACCAUGCUUGAAAUGGGUCAGGAAGUUUCCAACCACCUCUGCUCGCACAUCCCCUACUCUCGAGCCGAUCUUUACAACGUUAUUGCAGUGAAACAACUCAAGACGUUCGUCGAGGUGAUGCAAACAGCAGGAAACAAGCCAGAUUCCCUCGGCUGUGAGACAUGCAAGCCUGCCAUUGGAUCUAUUCUGUCGAGCUUAUUCAAUCCACACGUGAUGGAUAAAGGAUACAACGAAUUGCAAGACACUAACGACAAAUUCCUGGCCAACAUCCAGAGAAAUGGAACAUUUUCCGUUGUGCCUCGAGUGCCCGGUGGAGAGAUCACAGCUGACAAGCUUAUUGCUAUCGGUACAGUAGCUAAAAAAUAUGGGCUCUAUUGCAAGAUUACGGGUGCGCAACGAAUUGACAUGUUCGGUGCUAAGAAGCAGGAUCUACUGCCUAUUUGGUCCGAGCUUGUUGAUGCUGGUAUGGAGAGUGGUCAUGCCUACGCAAAGGCGCUACGUGCUAUCAAGAGUUGCGUGGGCUCCACAUGGUGUCGUUUUGGUAUCGGAGACAGUGUCGGUAUGGCGAUCCGGUUGGAAGAGCGUUACAAGAGUGUUCGAGCACCACACAAAUUCAAGGCAGCCGUAUCCGGCUGCGUACGUGAAUGUGCCGAAGCGCAGAACAAGGAUUUCGGUCUCAUCGCUACGGACAAAGGUUUCAACCUCUUUGUCGGGGGUAAUGGAGGCGCAAACCCCCGUCACUCUGAGCUGCUAGUCAAAGAUGUUCCACCCGAGAUGGUCAUGCCAAUUGUAGACCGGUAUCUGAUUUUCUAUAUCCGCACCGCCGACAAGCUACAAAGAACAGCCCGGUGGAUCGAGAACCUACCCGGUGGCAUCGACUACCUACGAGAGGUGAUCAUCGACGACAAGCUCGGUAUCUGCGCCGAUAUGGAGAGGCAAAUGCAGGAAUUAGUCGACAGCUAUUUCUGUGAAUGGACAGAGACAGUCCGAGACCCGAAGCGGCGGAAGACUUUCCAGCAGUUCGCGAACACGGACGAGACCGUGGAUACAGUGGAAGUCAUUCAAGAACGUUCACAGCAGCGUCCAACAUACUGGCCUAAAGACUCUGUCACGGAGGACUUCAAGGGUCAUCAAUGGUCAAGUCUCUCGUGGCAGCCCGUUGUCAAGGCAGAUCACUUUUCCGAUGAGCCGCCGCAGGUCUCAUCGGCGAAUGUGAAACGCGGGGAUACCCAGCUUGCUGUUUUCAAGAUCAAGGGAAAGUUCUACGCGACACAGCAGAUGUGUCCGCAUAAACGGGCGUUUGUGUUGUCUGAUGGCUUGAUUGGCGAUGAUGAUGCGGGGAAGUAUUGGGUUUCGUGCCCGUAUCACAAGCGUAAUUUCGACCUCAAUGGUGAACAGGCAGGUCGUUGUUCGAGUGAUGAAAGUAUGAACAUUGCCACAUUCCCGGUGGAAGAGAGAGAUGAUGGCUGGAUCUAUAUCAAGCUACCUCCUAUUGAGGAGUUGGAUUCGGUUCUUGGGACGGAGAAAUGGAAGGUGAGGAAGGGAGAAGCUCCCGAUCCCUUCCAUAAAAUUGAUAAGAAAUACAAGGGAAUGAGAGGGAAGAAGGUGGCUGAUGGCGACGUAACUCGGCCAACCGUUAAGUCAGCUCAGGGGAUUGACUGGUAG